UAGUAGAAGAAAUAAACUCUUCUUCUGUGUUUUUUUUCUUGUUGUUGUUGUUGUUAAUGCAACUUUUAAAAAAGGGAGACAAAAGGAAGGUUUUCAGGGCACCAGAGAAAGUUUUUGGUGGACUGUAAACCAUCAAUGGUGGAUUGAGUCUGGAAAAAUAAAGCUGCCAUAAAAAGAAGAAUCAUGGUGAAAGCUAAGUCGUGGGUAAUGACUAAGCAUUUUGACGGCUUCCCAAAGAAAAGCGACUUUGGGCUGAAGGUGGAGGAAUUCCCUGAGCCCAAAGAUGGAGAGGUGCUACUGGAAGCGGUGUUUCUCAGUGUUGACCCGUACAUGAGGCCAUUCAGCAAAAUCAGCAUGAAGGAGGGAGAUGUGAUGAUUGGAAGUCAAGUGGCCAAAGUCAUCCAGAGUAAACAUCCAGGAUUCCCUGUGGGAAGCCACGUUGUGAGUAACAGUGGGUGGAGAACCCACACACUCAGUGAUGGGACCGGCCUCACUCCCAUGCUGCCCGAGUGGCCUAAAGAUAUGUCCUUGUCUCUGGCUCUGGGUGCCAUCGGGAUGCCCGGAGUGACGGCUGUUUAUGGGAUAGAGGAAGUGUUGGGACUCCAGAAGGGUGAGACCCUGCUGGUGAACGCUGCAGCUGGAGCGGUGGGCUCCGUGGUGGGACAGAUCGCCAAGAUCAAGGGCUGUAAGGUGGUGGGCUCGGCGGGCUCUGAUGCCAAAGUGGCUUACCUCAAAGAGCUGGGAUUUGAUGAGGCCUUCAACUACAAAACUGUGGGUUCCCUGGAGGAGGCUCUGAGGAAGGCUUCACCUGAAGGAUACGAUUGCUUCUUUGAAAACGUGGGAGGCCCGUCUUCAUUCGUUGCCCUGCAGCAGAUGAAGAACUUUGGAAGAAUCGCUGUGUGUGGAAGUAUCUCCACCUACAAUGACAGUGAACCCCAGACAGGGCCGUACCCCUAUUUCACUAUGAUCAUCAAGGAACUGAAGAUGGAGGGCUUCUUGAUAACCAGGUGGCAGCACAAGCACCCUGAAACCCUUAGGAGACUCUUGGCGUGGGUGAAAGAGGGCAAACUGCAGUGUCGGGAGCACGUCACAAAAGGCUUUGAAAACAUGCCGGCUGCUUUUAUGGGGAUGCUGCAGGGAGAAAACAUCGGCAAGGCCGUCGUCGCAGUCUGAAGAGAAACAAGAGUUCAAUGCAAGAGAGCCAGCAUUACUAAUAACUGAUAUAAUUUUAAACAAAACUACAUAUGAAUGACGGACUUAGCAAUAAAUUGUUAUAUUCCCAAUAA